AUGUCAGUUGUAUUAUUCCAGGAUGAUGGAUGGACAGCAUUAAUGUUGGCUGCCUGGGGAGGACACCUGGAGAUCUGUCGUCUCCUCAUUGAUAGAAGAUGUAAGAUCGACACCACAAAUGGAGGUGGACGGACAGCAUUAAUGAAGGCUGCCAUGGGAGGACACCUGGAGAUCUGUCGACUCCUCAUUGAUAGAAGAUGUAAGAUCGACACCACAUCAAGAAAUGGAAGAACAGCUUUACAUUAUGCUGCUGAGGAGGGAUAUCUACAGAUCGCAAGAUGUCUAGUAGGACAAGGAGGUGCAAGUCCCUUCAUUAAAUCACAUCAGGGUAAUACUCCAUAUGAUGUAGCAGCAGCAAGACGACAGAGGCAGUAUAAAGAAGUGAUGGAAUACUUACAGACUGUCAUGUCAGAGAAAUCUUCAGAUGUUAGUGCUAAACUAAGGAUAGAAGAUGAAAUGGUUCCAACUGAAAUAAAAUUAAUGGCUGACAAAAGAUCUAUUGAUUUGUACCUCAAAUUACUUGAGUCAGGAUCUGAGAAAAAAAGAGACAUACGUUUAGUUAUAGUUGGAAAGAAAGGUGCUGGAAAGACCUCGUUGAUUAGAAGAUUGUUUGGUGAAGACAUUACAGAUGUUACCAGUACAAAUGGAAUCGAAAUUCACAAAAUAAAAUGCAAAGCAAUGUCUGAUGAUGGCAUAUGGAAUAAGUUAGAUGGAACCAAUGGAGAAACUGAAAUUCAUGCAAGACUCUUAAAACCAUUCAAAGGAACAAUUGAAGCAUCAGUAGAAGGAGCCCAUAAAGCUGUGAAGGAAAACACACCAUCAACAAGUUUUGAUGAAUCAGAGACAGUAACCCAGCAGCCUAAAAUAAUGUUACCUUCAGUUACCACUGAAUCUGAAGUUGAACCUCCAGUAACCACUGAAUCUCAAGUUGAACCUCCAGUAAUCUUGCAGCAACGAAACCAAGCAUUAGAACAAGCGAAAAUGGAAAUUGAAGCCAUGCUUAAAUCUAAUGUUGAUUUACAUGACAAAGAGGAGUAUGCCACAUUAUUGUUAUGGGAUUUUGCAGGAGAUGAAGAAUUUUACCACACACAUCAAACUUUUUUAUCACAAGAUGCGAUUUAUCUUGUCGUAACAAAACUCAAUGAGGCUGACGACAAAAAAGCAAAAGAGAUGUUUCAGUUGUGGAUGAACUCAAUACAUUGCUACUGUAGUACCACUGAAGUGCUUGGAAGUAUUGAAGAGAAGAAUAAGUGUCUUUAUCCACCAGUGGUUCUUGUUGGUACACAUAAAGACAAAGUUGAGGCUUCUGAGGAAGUAAAGAUUGAGGAUGCAUGUAGAGAUUGCCUUGAUAAAUAUGCUGAGGAUGUUUCAGCUGUUGCACGAAGACACAUUAGUGAUAAGUACGAGUACUUUAUUUCAAACACAGAAGAUAAUCCAAGUGUAUUCCAGCUAAUACGACAAAAUCUCUUAAACUUAGCCACAACAAUGAGAACAUGGAAUAUAGACUAUCCUAUUAAAUUCAUUCAGUUGGAAAAAUGUCUACGAGAGAAAAAGAAGGAGUUACCAAUUAUUUCCUUUAAUGAAAUUAAGCAAAUAUCUACUGAAAUUCCAAAACCAUUAAAUCAUGAAGAACUUAUGUUAUAUUUAAAAUUUCAUCAUGAACUCAGAGCUUUGGUUUAUUUUGAGGAUCUUUCAGAUUAUAUCAUUUUAGAUACUCAAUGGUUGUCUGAUGCUUUUAAAUGUAUAAUAACAGCAGAGAAAUUUCAAUCAGGUGCCAGACGGCAUCUUUUAAUGGAUGAAUGGAAUGAUUUAAAUAUUAGAGGAAAAUUACAUAGUGUGGUUUUGGAAAAUAUAUUAGAAACAAAUAAGAAAAUCUUUAAAUUUGAGGAAAAGCAAAACUUGUUUCAACAUAAAGAUCAUAUAUUGAAAGUCAUGGAGAAAUUUGAUAUUAUAAUAUGUCCAACUGUAUCAGACAGGGAUGCCGCUGAUACAAAUCCUUGCUAUUACAUACCGUGCAUGGUUAAAGAUGUACCUGACUGUCCUAUACGCAAACAAUUUAAUGUGACAGAAAAAAACUGUACAAAAUCCACUUGGUUAUGUUUCAAAUUUAAAUUUCUACCAGGACAUUUAAUGAAUCAUUUGAUUGCUUCACUGAGCCGGAAGUACGAAAUUGCAGAAGUACCUGUCCGUGGACAAACAAAACGGCCAAUAGCUCUUUUCAGAGGAGCUGUCGUCUUUAAGUUUCACAAGACUUCAAAAUUACUUGUGAUGACAUAUCCCAAUGUGAUUCAGAUUCAGGUUUGGGAUUUUGGGAAACAUUGUAACAUUGAAAGAUGUCUUUUCAAGGACAUUGAUGAUUUUGUUACAAGAGAAAUAAACACUAUAAUAUGUAAAAGAUUCAAAAUGACGACUGUAAAAUUUGACAAAAUGUUGGGAUGUAGCGUUGCAGAACCAGACUGUGUGACAGGAUUUUAUGAGCAAGAUGCAGAUUAUUUUUGUGAGAUGUGUACAGAAACACAUAUCAAUGAAUGGUCUGAUCAUGCACCGAUACAGCUGACCAAGAUUUCUGAAAAAACUCAACAUGUUCUAGGAUCUCAUCUUUGGGUUGAAAACACCAGUCCAAUGCAAAGUACACCCACAAAGGUGCGUGUAAGUGUCAAACGUGGUAAGAGAGAUUAUUCAAAUAUUUCUGAAGAGCCACCAAGUAAAUGCAAUUUGAGAGAGUUCACCGCAGAGCAGAUCAAUUUUACAAAGAUGGGAAUAAUUGUGCUUAAUAUUCUUGCUGAUGCUUCUUAUGACCUGUUAAAACAAGAUAUACCAAAUCUACGUCCAAGGAGCGAUUGUGAUAUCACAUACUUGUACCAGGAGCAUUAUAAAUUAAAAAAGCAUGUUCCAUCUAAAGGAUGGGGAGGGGACUGGCAAAAAAUUCAGGUUACAAACAUAGCUGUUGGAGAUGAUAUUGAACGUAUAAGACUUACAAGGAAUGAACUACAACACUCACGGGCAGCUGAACUUGGGGAUACACGUUUUAAUGAGUUGUGUAACAUAUUAACUGAUCUCUUACAACGUUUUAAUCAACUUAACAAACCAACAAGGCUUUAUACUGAUCACCUACAUGAAAUUUUGGCUAAAACUAUUUCUACUGAGGACGUUCAAUCAAUUGAAAAUGAAAUAUUAGAAAUGGAUAUUGAAGUUGAAAUUAUUCCAACACAAUAGAGAAAUAAGCUCAGGCGUAUUUUUUAUUACAAAUAGUAAUUUUAAAACUUUUAAAGGAAUUUACAUACUACCUACCUUACCAACUUAUUGGCAUUAGACUGAUCAUUUUUUUUGACUAGAUCCGUGUAUUGAGAAAAAAAUGCUACCAAUUACAGUCUGUCUUAAACCGUCUCUACAUAGAGUUAUACAAAUGAAUGAACCAGAUGAAAAAGUCAACCAAACUGAUUAUUCAUAGAGUUAUGGAAUGUGAUUGCAAAAAUGGAAUAGAGAACAAAGCUGUCUAUUCAUAGAGUUAUGGAAUGUGAUUGCAAAAAUGGAAUAGAUAACAAAACUGUCUAUUCAUAGAGUUAUGGAAUGUGAUUGCAAACAUGGAAUAGAGAAGAAAACUGUCUAUUCAUAGAGUUAUGGAAUGUGAUUGCAAAAAUGGAAUAGAUAACAAAACUGAUUAUUCAUAGAGUUAUGGAAUGUGAUUGCCAAGAUGGAAUAGAGAACAAAGCUGUCUAUUCAUAGAGUUAUGGAAUGUGAUUGCCAAGAAAGAUUAGAGAAGAAAACUGUCUAUUCAUAGAGUUAUGGAAUGUGAUUGCAAAAAUGGAAUAGAGAACAAAGCUGUCUAUUCAUAGAAUUAUGGAAUGUGAUUGCCAAGAAAGAUUAGAGAAGAAAACUGUCUAUUCAUAGAGUUAUGGAAUGUGAUUGCAAACAUGGAAUAGAGAAGAAAACUGUCUAUUCAUAGAGUUAUGGAAUGUGAUUGCAAAAAUGGAAUAGAGAACAAAACUGUCUAUUCAUAGAGUUAUGGAAUGUGAUUGCAAACAUGGAAUAGAGAAGAAAACUGUCUAUUCAUAGAAUUAUGGAAUGUGAUUGUAAAAAUGGAAUAGAGAACAAAACUGUCUAUUCAUAGAGUUAUGGAAUGUGAUUGCAAACAUGGAAUAGAGAAGAAAACUGUCUAUUCAUAGAAUUAUGGAAUGUGAUUGCCAAGAAAGAUUAGAGAAGAAAACUGUCUAUUCAUAGAGUUAUGGAAUGUGAUUGUAAAAAUGGAAUAGAGAACAAAACUGUCUAUUCAUAGAGUUAUUGAAUGUGAUUGCCAAGAUGGAAUAGAGAACAAAACUGUCUAUUCAUAGAGUUAUUGAAUGUGAUUGCCAAGAUGGAAUAGAGAAGAAAACUGUCUAUUCAUAGAGUUAUGGCAUGUGAUUGCAAAAAUGGAAUAGAGAACAAAACUGUCUAUUCAUAGAGUUAUGGAAUGUGAUUGCAAAAAUGGAAUAGAGAACAAAACUGUCUAUUCAUAGAGUUAUGGAAUGUGAUUGCCAAGAUGGAAUAGAGAACAAAAUUGUCUAUUCAUAGAGUUAUGGAAUGUGAUUGCAAAAAUGGAAUAGAGAACAAAACUGUCUAUUCAUAGAGUUAUGGAAUGUGAUUGCAAACAUGGAAUAGAGAACAAAACUGUCUAUUCAUAGAGUUAUGGAAUGUGAUUGCAAAAAUGGAAUAGAGAACAAAACUGUCUAUUCAUAGAGUUAUGGAAUGUAGACUUGUUUUUUUCACUAUAACUUUAGUAUAGAUCAAUAGAAAUCUAGGAAAUUUAAACACAAAGUUUAUGACCAGAAAAGGAAGAUUGUGAUUGAUUUUGGGAGUUUUGGUCACAACAGUUUAGGGAUUAGGGGCCAAAAAAGGGCCCAAUCUUGCAUUAUUCUUGGAUUUCGCACAAUAACUUUAGUAUAAGCAUUUUCUUGUUUUUUUCGCACUAUAACUUUUAUAGUUUAAUUUAAUAGAAAUCUAUGAAAUUUUGACACAAGGUUUAUGACCACAAAUGCAAGGUAAGGAUUGAUUUUGGGAGUUUUGGUCCUAACAGUUUAGGAAUAAGGGGCCAAAAAAAGGGCCCAAUCUUGCAUUAUUCUUGGUUUUUGCACAAUAACUUUAGUAUAAGUAGAUAGAAAUCAAUGCAAUUUUAACAUAAGGUCUAUGACCACAAAAGGAAGGUUGGGAUUGAUUUUUGGAGUUGAGGUCCCAACAGUUUAGGAGCCAAAAGGGGCCAAAAUUAAACUUUGUUUGAUUUCAUCAAAAAUUGAACUAUUGGGGUUCUCUGAUAUACUGAAUCUAACCGUGUAUUUCGAUUCUUAAUUUUUGGUCUGGUUUUCAAAUUGGUCUACAUUAAGGUCCAAAGGGUCCAAAAAUAAAGUUUGAUUUUUAAAAACAAAAAAUGAAUUCUUGGGGUUCUUUGAUAUGCUGAAUCUAAACAUGUACUUAGUUUUUUUUAUUAUGGGCCCAGUUUUCAAGUUGGUCCAAAUCAGGGUCCAAAAUUAAACUUUGUUUGAUUUCAACGAAAAUUCAAUAUAUGGGGUUCUUCAAUAUGCUGAAUCUAACCAUGCAUUUAGAUUUUUAAUAUUUAGGACCGGUUAUCAAAUUGGUUCACAUUGAGGUCUAAAGGGUCCAAAAUUGAACUUUAUUUGAUUUCAUCAAAAAUUGAAUUCUUGGGGUUCUUUGAUAUGAUGAAUCUAACCAUGUAUUCAGAUUUUGGAUAUUAGAUUACCACAAAGGGAUGGUUAGAAUUAUCUUUGGGAGUUAUGGCUCAAACUGUUAAGGAAUAAGGUGCAAAAAAGGGGGAAAGGGUUGCCAGGUUAUUGGACAAUUACUUAAGUACAAAACAUAAUUUAAAAGCAGUGUAAGGUUGGUAAUUGAAACUCAAUUUAAUAUCUCACCUAAACUGCUCUUAAAUUAUGUAUAUUGGAAAUUUGCCAAAAACUUUAUAAUUAACAAAUUCCAUUGGAAAUUUGUCAAAAACUUAAGUUUAAUGAACUUCAUUGGAAAUUUGCCAAUAUAAAAUGUUGCAUUGGAGUAAUCUUUCUUUGUCCAGAAUAGUAGUUUUAAAAAAUCAACUUAAAUCAUGACUGUAUGACAUUUCAUAUUUUAUGUAGUAUUUAAAUGAGUAGUUAUUGUUGAAAACUCCAUAAGAAAUUUGAAUUGAGAUCAUUUUUGGAAUAAGGGAAAGGGGGAGGUUAAAACAAUUGGUGGGGUUCAAUUUUUCUUAUUUCAGAUUUCAAAAAUUGAAAAAGAAAAUUUCUUCAAAUAUCAAAGGAUUAAUAUUCAACAGCAUACUGAAUUGCUCAAAAGCAAAAAAAAGCAGUUUAAGUUCAUAAGACCACAUUCAUUCUGUGUCAGAAACCUAUGCUGUGUCAACUUUUUAAUCACAAUCCAAAUUCAGAGCUGUAUCCAGUUUGAAUGUUUGUGUCCAUACUAGCCCCAACCGUUCAGGGUUUGACCUCUGCGGUCGUAUAGAGCUGCGCCCUGCAGAGCAUCUGGUUUAGUUUUGAAAUAUGUUGUAGGCCUUGUCGAGUUAUGAAAUAAAACACAAAAUAAAACAUAGGUCACCGUGCUUGUUUUCGAGAAAAUUGAGGCUGAAAAUUGGGGAUUUUUGCAAUUUUGCAAAAGAGUUAGGCAAUAUUAUAAAAAUUUUGGAGCAAAUAUUCUUCGUCCUAAAUUAUUAAAAUCGGGUUCAAUUUGAAGCUGUGAUAAGUGACAAUAAGGAAAAUAAUAAAUCCCUACACGAAUUACUAUACAUUU